AUGACCGUUCAACUGGAUGGAUCCUCAUUAGAACAUUUAAAAUGUAAAUACAAACAAUUUCCUGAAGAAUUUAUGCUCGGUACUGCUUCUUCAGCAUAUCAAAUCGAAGGUGCAUGGAAUGAUGAUGGAAAAACCGAGAGCAUAUGGGAUCGAGUCGCUCACACUAAACAAGAAUUAUUUGCGGAUGAUUUAGAAUCAGACGAUACAAACUUCCCAAAUGUAAAUGUGAUAUCAGAAAAUAAAUUCUCGUGUGUAUCGAAAGGAAGGCCUAUGUACAGAGUAAAAUAUAAACAACGCCGUGCUGCCCCUAUUACUGGAGAUAUUGCUUGUAAUAGUUAUUAUAAAGUUGAUGAAGAUGUUAAGCUUCUAAAAGAACUCAAGGUCCAAUCAUAUAGAUUUUCAUUAAGUUGGCCACGUAUAUUACCCAGAGGCGAAGAUAGUUACAUUAAUCCUGCCGGUGUUCAAUACUAUAAUCGACUUAUUGAUAAAUUAAUAGAGAAUAAUAUAACACCUAUAGUGACAAUUUAUCAUUGGGACUUGCCUCAGUGUAUACAAGAUUUGGGAGGGUGGUGUAACAAACAAAUAAUAGAGUUCUUCACUCUCUAUGUUCGAGUAGUUUUCAGAACGUUUGGCGAUCGAGUGAAAUAUUGGAUAACUAUCAAUGAACCAUACUUGGUAUCAGAAAGCUACGGAAAUGAAACCGGUGCACCUGCAUUAAACAAAAGUGGUUAUGGGGAUUAUAUGGCCAUUCAUCAUACAAUAUUAGCACACGGAACUGCUUACCAUUUAUACAACCGAGAAUUCAGACCAUUUCAAAAUGGUCAAAUUGGUAUAAGCUUAAACAUGGAAUGGUAUUAUCCAAAAAAUGUAAAUUCCUUAGAAGAUCAUUACGCUGCCCACCGUGCUCGUAUGUGGCAGUUUGGAGUUUUUGCCCAUCCGUUAUUUUUCGGAGACUAUCCUGAAGAUGUAAAACAAGGAGUUAUGGAAACUAAUCAGUUUAGUGGAAUAUCAUUUAAAAGGCUGCUUGAUUUUAGUGAAAAUGAAAAGUAUUUAAUCAAAGGAACAUUAGAUUUUUUGGGUAUCAAUCAUUAUUUUUCGGUAUAUGCAACUAAGCUACAAUCAACUCGACAUCAAUCAUUAAAGACUCGAGAUUCUGAUUUUGAAUUAUCAUUAAUUGAAGAGAUUCCUUAUUCAAAUCCCACGUGGUUAAAAGAAACUCCCAAAGGCAUGCGUAAUUUGUUGUGUUGGAUUAGAGACACAUACGGAAAUCCUAAGAUUAUUAUUACUGAAAACGGCGUUUCAGACAAAGGACAAAACGAAGACGAGGAUGCAUUAAUUAAAAUGAGAUAUCAUUAUGGCUAUUUAAGUGCUGUUCUCAAUGCAAUAUACGAGGAUGGGUGUAAUGUGAUUGGUUAUGAAGUUUGGUCAUUUAUGGAUUCAUUAGAAUGGUUUUUUGGAUACAGGGAAAAAUUUGGAAUUUACAGAGUUGAUUUCAAUGAGCAGAAUCGUUCAAGAUAUCCAAAAAAAACAUUACAGUUUUUUAAACAGUUAUUUCAAACAAAAACCUUACCUGAUGUAUUAAACGAUUUGUAUUGUGAAAAUAACUGUGAUAGGGGAUAG